CAGAAACCCAUGGGGAACAUAUAUAAAACCAUGCGCUGUGGGAGUGCACAGCAGAUUCACAAGUGAGUCUAUCGUUUACAUCGCCACUACCAGAAGAUCUGUUAUCUCACGAUAAUCAUGAUCAUGUUUAAGCUCUGGACACUCCUUCUUGCCUAUGCACUGAUCAUUUGUCAGAUGUACAUCUCACAGGCUGCUCCGUCCAGAACAAGUAAGGAGUCCAUGACAGACGGACUCACACUAUCGAACGAUGACGCUCAAAGGUUACUCAAAGCUGUCAAGGAGUUCAUGCAGAUCACCUCAGAUGAUCAAACAGCUGAUGGUAACAGCAAUGCUACAGUACAAAAGCGGGGCUGCAACACAUCCACCUGUGUAACCCACCGCUUGGCUGACUUUUUGAGUCGGUCAGGGGGUCUGGGACACAGCAACUAUGUUCCCACCAAUGUUGGUGCCCAGGCGUUUGGCAGGCGGAAGCGGCAUGGUCCUGUGUGAGCACAAGUCCAGAUACAUGGGCAAAGUGCCUCUUCUCUUGACUGAUAAAAACUGCAUCAUCAUCCACUUCUACACACUUCAAAAUGAGUGUCGUUUAAAAAAAUAUCCAUCAUAAACAUGGACAGAUAUCUUGCCUUUAGAAUACCGAACAGCUGCCUGUAGUCAUUGUUAAUCUGUGCUUCAAAACAGCAUUAGUGUCAUCAUGGAAAGGCAAUGAGGAAGAUUUGCUUUCACUCAGGAGGAGAAUGAGAGAUUUCUUUCUCUGUCUCGGCCUGUGGCUGCAGUAUAGUGUUUUCAACUGGAAGUCUUACACUGUACAUCUACUGACACAACCUUCAACAACUGUGGUUGUCUUGUGCCUUGAUGUGAAAUUCUUCAUUAUAUGUCAUAGUAAAGAAAAUAAGUGUGAAAAACUGUAUUUAUGAUUCUAUAUAUUCGAAUAACUGUGUUUUGAAAGCUGGAAUAAAUUGUAUUUUAGCUACA